AUGCAUUCCGACUCCAACCCCAGCAGCAGAGCCUCCUCCCCGGACAUGGACGCUAUGUUCCUCCGAGAGCAUCUCCACUUCCAGCAACACCCGGUUUCCUCCUCCACGCAGGGCGGACUCCAGACGUCCGAAGCCAAGUCCACAUCUCCCGCGGGCAGCAGCAGCAGCAGCGGCGGCAGCAGCAGCAGCGGCGGCGGCAACAAGUACAAGCUGAAGAAGCAGGUGACGGAGGAGGAAAUGUUCCAGCUGCGCCUGAAGAUCAACGGCCGGGAGAGGAAGCGCAUGCACGACCUCAACCUGGCCAUGGACGGCCUGCGGGAGGUGAUGCCCUACGCGCACGGACCCUCCGUCCGGAAGCUGUCCAAGAUCGCCACGCUGCUCCUGGCCCGGAACUACAUCCUCAUGCUCAACAGCUCCCUGGACGAGAUGAAGCGCCUGCUGGGUGAGAUCUACGGCGGGCAGCACUCGGCCUUCCACUGCGGGCCCGCCGGGCACCAGGUGCACCCCCACCCCCUCCUCUCCUCCGCCGCCGCCACCUCCUCCACCUCCUCCGCCCUGCCGACUCUCGCCUCCAUCCGGGCCCCUCACCCCCUCAUGAAGGGAUCCCCGGCGGCGCCCCCGAGUCUGCAGCUGGGCUCCGGCUUCCAGCACUGGGCCGGACUGCCGUGUCCGUGCGCCAUCUGCCAGGUGCCGCCUCCUCCGCCUCCUCCUCCGCCCCACAUCUCCAUCGCCUCCUCCGGCCUCACCAGACUGAGCGGGGAGGCCAAGGAGGCCAUGAAAUGAUCCUCCCGCCCCGCAGGGCUACAUACCUCAGGGGUGUCCAAACUUUUUCCUCACGGAAAAAUUUCAGCAUGCGGGGAACAUUUUCAAAGCAUAACAAAAUAUAUGGAUUUUUUUUUUUUUAAUCCUUAGGGCUCCUGGGGAACAUAGAGUCACUAAAAUGUUAACAAUAAGUCAAAUUAUUAUUAUUUUUUUAAAUUUAAUGCUUAGAGUAAAUCUCUAUAUCAGGGGUCGGGAACCUUUUUUGGCUGCGUGCAUUUUUAACCUUCGACCCGUUUUAGUUUUUAAAUGCAUAAAAACACCACAUACAUUUAUUUUAUUUUUUUUGCAUCAAAGCUUUUUGACUUUGUCAGGAACAUCUUUGUCAACAAAAUAAAACAUUUUAAUUUGUUUCACUAAAUUAUAAAAUGCUCUGGUAGAAAUUAUGCCCUUGGUGUUGUUAGGGUCGGUUUCGACCCAGUUAUAAAAAUAAGAUGAUAAAGCAAUGAUAAGAGCCAAAACUGAACACACUGACAGCCAGCUCCUCUCCCAAUCAUGUGAGCUUUAGUGGAUUCUCAUUUUACCUUGUUAUCCUGUACAAAAACAAACAAAAGACGGACACUAAAAGUGUCACUUUUUGCCACUCUGAUUUUGUUUUUUUAUUAGUUUUGGAACUAGUAAUCCAUUUCUCUUGAUUUCAUUUGCUUGUUUGUUUGAUGUUGGAUUUCUGUUGCUGAAAAAAAUACUUUUUAGCCUUUUUCUUGAAGUAAAUAUAUAUGGGUCGAAAUUGACCCGUAACACCAUAGAUGUUACUAUAGUUAAAAUUCUUAAAAUGAAAAAAUAAAUAAAACACAUUUAUUUAAGAGAUGUGUUCUAAUACCCCUUAGUAAUAGUUAGGUAACACAACAACCUUUUUUUUAUGUAUAUGAUUCUCUUGAGGUUCGUUUUACCAUUUUUAAAAAUUGAAAUCGAGGGGUAUACUGACAAAAAAAAGGCCCAAUGGCCCAAACCAAAAAUAUUAAAACCAAUAUUUUCAAGGAUAAGGAAGCCUAACGAGGUAACCAAGAGAUGAGAAACAAAUUUGGAUGAUAGAUCAUUGUUUUUAGUGUAUUUUACAGCUGAUUUAAGACAUGGGUCAAAACCAACCCGUUAACAUAAGAGAUGGUAACAGAAAGCUAACACAAGAGGAAGGUUAAGUAACGUCAACAUUUUUGGAGUACAAUAACUCUUAUAUUCUUUUUAAUAACAUUUUUAUUCUGAAGCCGACCAAUAAUAAAUAGAAUACUUCUUAGCA